UUGUUGCCUGGAGACAAGUAAAAUGGCGUCUAAAGUCGACUUUAAACCGUUCCCUACCGGCCAUGUUGGCUCAAACGUAACUGUCAUAUGAUGUUAGGCGACAUAUGAUGCAACACCAGUUUGAUCCAAAAUGUCGUCAACUGCGUCUUACCCCGCGUUAAGGACGUAACAUACUCUACCCUGCGCCUGAUCUGUGACGCUAUUGCGGCGGAUCUUCAGUGCUUGAGCUCGGCACGGCAGCGGGAGAGAAGUCAUCGCUUCUCCUGCUGCUGCUUUAGCACACUGCGUAGGGUUACAGCAGGUUACGCCUGGAGCCAGCUGUCAUUCAAGAUGAACCCUUAUGACUGAAAGUUAGCCCAUUCAGAAAGCUGUUAGCUUCCAAUGGUCACAGGCAUGCCUGAAGAUUAGAGCCCCCAUUUCAUCACUGGAAAGAAACUAUAUAGAAGAUUCUACAUGAUUCUUCAUGUAGACCUUCCUGUGUUUGUCCUGCUGGAUUAAAUUUCCUCUCCUCUUUGAUCGUCUAAGCUCUGUCCCUUUUAUACCACUCCCACAUGUCUACCUGGGAACAUGCAACUGCUUCUAAGAAUGGCUCCAACCUAGUCCCAUGCGUCCAGUGAGUGGAGACUCAGACGGCCCUGCCCCUGAAAGAGUAUCGCGGGCCUUCCCUUUGUCAGGCCCUGUGUCCUCCUCAGAGAUGUCCUCACUGCAGUCACUGGGGCCAGUGCAGAGCUGGCUGGGUCAGGAGCUGGAGAAAUGUGGCAUAGAUGCAGUGAUCUACACACGCUAUGUCCUUAGCCUGUUGCUGCACGACAGUUAUGACUAUGAACUGCGGGACCAGGAAAAUGACAUCUUCCUAGGCUGGGAUAAAGGAAUGGGGAAGAAAUGGGGGAAAAGCAAGAGGAAGGGAGGGCCUGAUCUUAGUCUGGAAGAGAUGAAGAAACAAGCUGCUGUGCAAUGUUUGCGUUCAGCAUCUGAUGAAAAUUCUGGAAUUGAAAGCUUGGUUGAGGAGCUCUGCUCUAAACUCAAGGAUAUUCAAAACAAACAGAAAGAAAAAGAGAAGCAAGAAAGGAAAAAAACAGAUUUAUCUCAGUCUCCUGAACUGGAUGAAUCACUUUCUUCUAAGGACCAGGUUGAGAUGUAUUAUGAAGCCUUUCCACCUCUCUCAGAAAAAUCAGUUUGUCUCAAAGAAAUUAUGACCGUGUGGAACAAAGCUAAAGCCUGCACAUAUUCCAGCUCAUCAUCAUCUGCUGUCCCUCAAACAAGCACAGACACAUCCUCCCCAAAAGACUGCACCAGCGAAGGUGAAGCUUUUAAAGACAGAACACUUGAUGCACCCAACUCCAAUCCAACCAGCGAGAGGGCCCAGCAGCGACGCACUAAGAGGGAGAAGGAGAACCGAUUCCAUGGUGGCACAGCAGUAGUGCCUGAUGAUCAGGUUGCUCAUCAGAGUAAGAGGCAGGCCAGACACCGGACCGAGGGGAGAUUCCGUCCCAGAUCAUGGUCUUCUGGCUCUAGUGAGGCUGGCUCAAGCUCCAGUGGUAAUCAGUGUGACCAGACCUCUAGCUGCAAAACAGUCCGCAUCAGGCACAAGUCUCGGGAGGUCAGCAGCAGAAACAAAAAAGGGCGCAGUGGUGGACAGGUCAAAGUGGCUUUAAAAGUUAUCGACAAAGAGGAGAGGAAAAACGCACGUGGCAGCAACAGUACUACUGGAGGCCCACAUAAGCAACAGCAGCACUACAUGAAAAAAGGCAAGAGGCCUCUGAGGGAGAUCCGCAAAGAUGCUAAUCUGGUUGAGGCACAGGAGGCAGGAGGGGAGGUCAAUAAAAAGGAAUAUAUGGAAGAACCUCUUUGGUACACAGAGCCCAUCUCUGAGUACUUUGUUCCCCUCAGUAGAAGUAAAUUGGAGACAAAGUAUCGGAGUAAAAAAGACUCUUCUAAUGACUUAGCCAUGUCCAUUGAUGUAGACUGUCUGUCAGAAAGAAUUCAAGGAAUCUGCAUUGCAAAUUCUUGUUUUCAAAGGACAUACCUUGCAGCAGGCACUUUUGUGGAUGGGCACUUCAUUGAAGUGCCUGGUGAAGGUGAUGAAGAGGUUACUGAACUAAAUGGGAUUCCGAGUUACCCUCCUCCUGAAGAUGGUCAAGAUUUAGAUGAUGAGCAUCUGUCUGAAAUCACUCACUUCUAUGAAGUUGAUCUUUAUCAAUCCAUAUUGGAUCCUAGUGCCUCAGAUGCGGUACAAGAAAGUCGAAUCUUGAACAUGAUUCGUCAGAAAAGCAUUGAGCGAAAACACUUUGAAGCAGGAUGUGUAGUUUUAGAUGGCCUUGAGCUGCAAGGGGAAAGUGCAAUAAGGGUGGAUUCUCUGGGAGCCUCAGAAGCUGAUACUUCUUUCACACAAGACAUGGAAAACAUUGCUCAAAUGUGGGAGUGUCAUUCAUCAUCUAGUUUGGAGGAUUUGGAGGGAGAAAGUUGUCCAGGUGACUCUCCAGUUAGGCUCUCCCCAGUGUUGGACAAUGUUUCGUAUAACCUUAGCAAGCUGUCUGGAGCUUUUGUAGGACCUCAUUUCCAAGAAGCCAGUGGUAGCAUAUCUGCCCUGAACUCCUGCUUUUCACUUUUUGAGUUGCAGUAUGAUAGCCCUACAUUUUCUUUUCCCAGUGACUCACUCACAGUGGGUCAGGACAAUGUAGAUCCAAGUAGCUGUUUAGAUCCACAAGGAAACAAACAAUCCCGUUUGCUAAUUUGGACCAAAAACAGUGCCUUUGAUGAAACGGAACAAUGCUCUAACUUAUCAACAAGGACAUGCAGUCCGUGGUCCCACUCGGAAGAGACGCGUUCAGAUAGUGAGCAGAUUGGUGCUCCAGCAGAAGAAUCUGCUCAGUUUGGUAAUGAAGAGGUCCAUUGUAUCCCCCUUAUUCCACCUUCAUGCCUGGAGGAGGACCUUUUGGAUUUCUUGCAAGAAAACUCAAGUCACCAGCAGGAAGAACCGAGUGUAGGCACAGAGUCCAACCAGCCCUUCAAUAAGAAAUCAAAACUGGAGUCCAUUUGUGGCAUAGCAUUAGAGCAGGAUGAGAGUAAACUUUAUAAUGCUCUUGUGUUUUCAGAUGUCCCAAAUCAACAAACUGAUGAAUACACCUCAGGGAUAAUAAAAGACAUUUGGAUGGCUAUUGGAGAUGGAGACUGUGUGUUAACACUUGGGGUAAAGAAUACUGGGGAGCACUUGUUUUCAGAAGAGGCUGCUGACUUACAGUGCAGUUGCCUUGACAAGGAUAUAAAAGGUGAAAUUAUUCAAAAGAAAGCGGUGCAGCGUUCUGAGUAUCAUCUUUGGGAUGGGCAGAAAAAGGAUGAUGGGCUAUCUAAAAACAAGCUGUGUAAAAUGGAUGGGGAUUAUACAACACCGGCCAAGCCCUGGAAUGGUAAUUCACAGGACAGCACAUCAUUUAUCCUUGGAGGGGUUUAUGGAGAGCUAAAGACUCUAAGUGGUGACAGGGAAUGGGCUAUGAUUCCACCUAGCGAUGCUUGUGGGAGUUUGUUGCAGUGUGCAGCAGCCACAUCUUCUGAUAUGGUAACAAUUGCCGGGGCAGAUGUGUUUAUGAACACAAGCAGUUGCUUUGCUCCUGGCCACAAGCCAUUGUGGAGACCUCUUGUGUCCUUCGGUCAAAAUGAGCAAGCUGCCAAGGGACCAGGAGAUGGUUUGAAUAAGGGAUUUUCUGUUGUCUUCCAUGAAGAUUUACUUGGAUCAUGUGGAGGCUUCCGUGGAGAAGAACCGGGACUAGAUUACCCGUUUUCAUCCUUUGAUCUAAACAACCCUUUUUCCCAGGUCCUGCAUGUGGAAUGCUCUUUUGAGCCAGAGGAUAUGGCAUCGUUCAGCCCGGGAUUCAAGCCAAAAUCCAUACUAUGCUCAGACUCUGACAAUGAGCCCAUUUGCCCUUGGUUAUAUGGCAUUAACCGGACUCAAUAUCGGGCCAUUCGAAUUUCCCCAAGGACUCAUUUCCGGCCAAUAUCUGCCUCUGAACUGUCUCCGGGUGGCUGCAGUGAGUCGGAUGCAGAGUCUGAGAAAGAAGAAGUGAGUCUUCCAGUUGGUCAGGCAGACCUCUUUGAUGACCCACAGGCUGACCUCAAGCCACUUGAGGAGGAUGCAGAGUGUGAGGGUCCUUAUUAUGGGAAAUCUGAAUUAGAAUCUGGGAAGUUCUUACCCAGAUUAAAGAAGUCUGGGAUGGAGAAGAGUGCCCAGACAUCACUUGAUUCGCAGGAGGGUGGCAGCACCCUUCUGCCAAUUACUGAACAAGAGAUUUGCGUACAUUGUGAGACGGCAGCGGUGCCGGAGCUGUGUUCUCAUGUGCAUUCCUCUGUUUUUCAACAAGAGGAUUCUUUCAGAGAGACAGAGUCUUGCAAAUGUGCCGCAACUGAUCAGAGUCCUAAAAGUGGAAAGUCUCUUGGUGGGGUUCAAGAUAUGCAUGAGCUUCCUCUGUUGAAUUUUGGAGAACAGUGCUUAACUACUAUCCAGCAAGAAGAGUGCUGGUGGCAAAGUACUCUGUGCCCUCCUUUAUUUCCAGGUUCUCAGUGCAGAGGAAGCAGUAACAUAUGAAUUGUCUCCCGAGCACCAAGGCAUACCAAUGCUGAUUUUCUCCCAUCACUUUCAACCAUAACCCGGAGGAGGGAUAGCAGGACCCUCAUGAGAACAGCAACCCCAGGCCCAUAAUGGGGCUCUUAUUUACCCACUGUCCUUGGGCCUGUUAAUCCUCUGUCAGUUCACCUGAAACAGCAUAUCAGCAUAAACAGGAAAACUUGGCAAUAGGUUGACCAUGUAGUUAGGUGAUUUUGUUCAACAGCAUUUCUUAUAGACUUUUUUCAGUCUGCUUAUACCAAGGGUGAACAAAUUUGAAGAGAGUUUAAAAGACAUAGUUAAGCAUUAAGAAUGUUCUUUAAUUUACCCCUUUUAGAUUUUAGCUUCUCUUUUAUGUUUGAUCUGGGAUACGCUAUAGUUGUGGUCCUAUUGAUUGUGCAUGUGCUCGUGAACCUAGUCUCAGUCUUUCUAAUAGUAUAAGUUUCCGUGACCUAACUAUGAAUACUCCGAAGUCAGGUUGAAAGCACUACGAUUGCAAAAAACCCCAGACCCUGAUUAGUUUGAUUUUUGUUUUUUUACCUUCAGAUUACUUGGAGGACAGAGUUGUGUGAGGUUUGGUGUGUUGAAAGAAAAAAUGCUGUUGAACCCCCCGCACACACUUUUGUGCGCUGUUUUGCAUCAACCAUUCAUUGGUGUUGCCAUUCCAUUCAGCCUUGAAAGCAUGCUAAAGGAAUUAAGCAGGGUAGGAACUUGACAAGUUCAACAAUUCAACAAGCAAACUGAAAAACAGAGCUCAUGUUAAGCAGAAGGAUAUUGAAAAAACCCUUACAAGGCUGUAUAUCCUUUAAAGAUGGAUGUGGCUUGCAUUGCUUGAGUAUACCUCUUAAUAGAGCCAUUGUGUUUAAUAGGUUUUAUUUUGUUAACAUAACAAAAAUAUUAACAAAACAUUGACAAAUUCUUAAGGUGUUUUGGCUUUCAGUUGCAAUAUACAUGGAACACACAAUAUAAAAACUGGUGCAAAUAUGAGGGCUUUAAGCAGAUCAAGGUUUAGAAGGGGAUUAGUAAAGUAUUUUGACACAGUUAUACAAUUUCUUAGAUUCUACAUCUUUAAGAACUAUUGCAUUACAGUUUGAUAUUUUAGCCAAAUGUUAUGUUACAAUUUUUACUCGAUACAAUGUUAUGUAUAAAGUAAAAAUUGGUUUAUAGGUUGAUCUGUAGUUAAUACCCCUUUCCACAGCUGAAGUGAGUACUGAUGGCUAUUUUUUUAAUCAAGAAAAGAGCAUGCAUGUGUUUUCAUUAACAACAGUUAAUUUUCUUCACUUGUACCAAAAAGCUGUGGCUGUUUUAGCGUAAUAAUGCAUCACACCUGCAGCAUAAGUAUCUAGCAAGAUCUAAAAUAAAGGGGUGUAUAAAAGCAAUGUUAUAUUUUGGCACACCAUAACUCUAUAACAUUCUGCUAUUUUGUUUUAUGUUAAAUGCUAAGAGGAAAUUACAGUACAAUGGCUUGUUUCUGAGAUCUGGUAGAUUUUUGUUUUUAAUUCACCCUCUUUGAAGUGAAUUAGGGCUAAACUAUUUGAAAUGUAGGUUGCCUUUGUUUUGUUGGGGGGGUGCGCAUAGACUGAAGGGUGGUAGAGAUAUAGUGUAACCCUUUUACGUUUGCAUAAAGAAUACUAUUUGGGUUGAGAAGUUCCAGAAUUUUUAUUGUUAGUCAAAUUGUUUUCAAAAUGCAGAGAAAUACAGUUCAUUUUACAAUUCCAGAAACUUUAUCUCAAAGGUGUUCUCCAUAUUCAGUCUGCCAUCUGCUGGCUGUACUAUCUAUCAGUUCAAUAAGUUAAAUCUUUUUUCUUUUUUUUUUUAGAUGUACCCAUUUGAAAAUACUACAUGUAUACUCCAUAAGCAGAUUUUAAAGGAACACGCCAACUUUUUGGGACUUCACCGUAUCCCCCAGAGUUAGAUAAGUCCAUACAUACCUUUUUUCAUUUCCGUGCCGUAUUACUGUCUGGCGCACCCACUGCUAGCCAAGCUUAGCACAAAGACUGGAAGUAAAUGGCUCCAGCUAGCAUACUGCUCCCAAUAAGUGACAAAAUAAUGGCAACGUUUUCCUAUUUAUAUGUUGUGAUUUGUAUAGUCACAGCUUGUACAAAUAACAAGGUCAUAUGAGACACAGCCAUCUUUUAACCGUAUACAUACUGGGAACUAUAUUCUCAGAAGACAAAGCACUGUUCCCAGUAUGUAUACGGUUAAGAGAUGGCUGUGUCUCAUAUGACCUUUUUAUUUGUAUACGCUGUAACUAUACAAAUCACAACAUAUAAAUAGUUGGUGUUAUUUUGUCACAUAUUGGGAGCAGUAUGCUAGCUGGAGCCAUUUACUUCCAGUCUUUGUGUUAAGCUAGGCUAGCGGUGUGUGUGUCAGAUUUACGGGACACAUGGAGAUGAAAAGGGUAUGUAUGGACUUAUCUAACUCUGGGGGAUACGGUGAAUAAGCUAAAGUCCGCAAAAGUCGACAUGUUCCUUUAAAUGGUGUGAAGUGUACAUUUUUGACUCUAAUUUCCAAGAGCACCCUUAAUAGUUUGUUUUGCCUAUAUUUAAAACUAUGGUGUGCAGCUUUUUUUAAAAAUUGGGCCUAAAAAAAUUUAAAUCUUUAAUAUAUUUAUACACAGAUGGUUCUUCUUUCACAUUUGCAUAUGUACUUUGUGAAUUGGUAGAACCUGCAAACUAUUUUUAUAGUGGGGGCUAAAUGUGACAAAGCAAGCGAAUUUUAUUUCAAACUAAUUUCUUUGAAAACUAAUUACAGCAGGUGCUUAUUUCUUAAACAUAAAUGUUACUAAAAAGUCAUGUUUGCUAAUGCUCCCCUGCAAGGGUAAAAUUAUUUUGUUGGCCGGAUUUUGAGCUACAAUUGAAUCCCUUGUAUUUUGUAUGACCAAGUCUCAUGGAUAGAUUGUUUAAUUUUUCUUUAUUUGCUCCUUGUGGUCAUGGAAGUGUGGUUGUUUUUCAAAACUCAUAAUAUCCAAUUAAUUCAUGUAACUAUAGUUAAGUGGGAUGCACAAGUAUACAGAAGAGGUGUAUGGACUCCUUUAAUGGAUCAUUUCUUCGACAAAUAACAUAUUUACAUUGCAGUUUACUUUUUUCAAAUUAAAAAUCUUUCAAGAGAUUCCAAAAAUGCAGUUAGCUAGGCCAAUUGUUGCUAUUUCUUUCUACAAUUUACAAAGUUGCCGUCUUCUAAAGUAGGAAAUCCUUUAAUUUGUUACUUGUAUUGAAAGCUUGUUUUAUGGUGGAUGGGUGAUGGAUGACAAAACAUUUGAAUCUUAAAUAUUUUGAGAAAAAAAGAGAAUAAUGAGAGAGACCGUUAUAACAGCAUGGGUAGAAAAUUUAAGGUAACAGAUUUGCUAUACAGUUUCUCUCUGUUUGACCUGGUAACUAUUUUAAAAUGAUUGAACAAACUUUACAAAAAGGAGUGAAAAACAAAGUUUUAUUUUUCAAGUGAGACUCUGAUUGUUUGUUUGUGUGUGCGUGUGUGUGUGUGGUGGUGCUGUUGCUGGAGAAAGACCUUAUAGUACUCAUGUCUGUGUGAGAAAUUGCAUUCAUUUGCCAUCUUGUUGAUUUUACAAGGUUUGAUUUGAUAUAUGUAUAUUUAAAGGUUGUGAUCAGUGCAUUUGAGAGGACGGCUAUUAAAUCUGCAAUCACAGGUUUAAGUUUGGAUUGCAAUGUUGUAUAACUUUGAGUUCUGAAUUGUCUCAUUUCCUCUUUGUAACAGCUUCCAAAUUGAAGCUCAAGCCUGUAUCUUUUCUCUCGAUACCUGAUCAAAGUCAUUAAACCCCAGCACAGACACAAAGUUGGUUGCAUUGUUCUAAUGCCAUGUACAUCUGAGUACAUUGUUUUGUUUCAUUGUGAAGUUUCAAAACCUUCAAUAAACAUAAAAAAAUGUGA